GUUUCUGUCCAUCAAAUAUUGAAAGGAGGGUUGGGUGGUAUGGCGGAGGGGGAGGAGGCCAUGAGCCAGGAGGACUGGAAGGAGAAGUGUAUGGUCCUGGAGGCCCUGCUCAUGAAGUUCAGAGUGCAGAUAAUCAAGAUUCGAGAACUCACCGCUGACAAGAUUCAACAAUUGGAGACGCAGGUGAUCGAUGCAGAAAAGCGGGCCUUCACCGCUCACCAACAGGUGCAGUGGAUGGAGGAGAAGCUGAAAGCUCCAGACAGCCAGUCCGGAGACUCUGAGGUGCGUUUGUUCCAGCGCUGCCAGGAGCUGCAGGCCUCGGUGCAGGAGAAGGAGGACGUCAUCGGCCAGCUGGAGCAACAGCUGGAGGAGCAGAAACAGAUCCGACUUCAGGAUGCCAAAACAGUGGAGGAGAAAGCAGCUAAGAUCAAGGAAUGGGUGAUGCUGAAGUUGUCAGAGUUCGAGGUGGAGAACGCAGCCUUAAGAGAAACCAACAGGCAGCAGGAGGCUCAGAUUGUGGAGUUACAGAAACAAGUGCAGGUCUUUGAGCAGAAGUGUGGUGGGGGACGAGGAGUCCUGUGCAGACCAGGGGAGGCCCAGCGUCUCAGCAGCCUGACGUUUGGCUGUUUCCAGGUGAGGGGGAAGAGCCCCCAGGUCCUCACUGGACCAGCACCCUGCCAGAGGAGCCUGAGCACCCAGGGAGAGUCUGAGGGCAGAGAUAAGACCGAGAGGAGUAGUAAGCAGCCAGUCUUCUCAGGGACAAACGGUGAAGUCCAGACCCCUGACCAGACUGGACUUCUGGGUAAUCCUCUGGAGGAAGGUGCAUCUGAAAGCCUGGGUGAGAAAGCACGUGGACCUGAGUCCCGCAGUGUCUCCUCCGUUCUCUCCAGCGCUGCAUCAGAGGGGGAGGGAGGAGGAGGGGGAGGGUGUGAGGGCAGAGGAGGAGGAGGAGGAGGAGGAGGAGGAGGAGAGGAGGAGGAGGAGGAGGGGUGUGCUCUGGAGUUCAGCCGCCCCGUUAGUGACACCUACCUGACUGCUUCGGACGACAGCAGCUCUCUGUUCGACGACGACAUGCAGCGUGCCGAGCGGCCCCGCUUCAGCCUGCUGGGCUCAUCCGAGGGGACUCUGGGAGGCUGUAAGGAUGGGGAGGAGGAGGGGGGGGCACACAGGGCCAAGCUAGAGGACUGCACCUCAGAGGAGCUCAACAAGCGAUUCCAGUCACAGAGACUUGACUCCUCGUCCUCUUCCGGCGAAGCUAACACCCCCAGCCCCAUCCUCACCCCGGCCCUCACCCCUAAACGACCCAACCCACCACAGGACCCGAGGGAUAACCCCGCGUCGCCCAAACAGCCCCGGCUGCGGACCCCAGCAGGGUUCGGGUUGACGAAUGUGGCUCUGGCCAAGAAACACCUGAGCCAGCCGCCGAUCAGCAGCGAGGCAGCACACGGACAAACACGCAACGCUCUCAGCAUGCUACGCCCCCUCCGGCCACAGGAAACUGACCUCGACCAGGAGCAGGAGGUUGGCAUGGAGACGGGAAGGGACACGCCUCCUCAAAGCCUCCCUUGCUCACAAGCUGCGCCUACAUCUCCAACCUUGCAGACAUCACCUGCUCCACCUGAAGCUGGUACAGAGACCAGCCAAGAGAAGGAAGACUGUGACAGCUCAGCACCGCCUACACCCCCUUUGCACAGAUUGCCCUCCUGGGAGAGUCGCAUCUAUGCUGUUGCUAAAUCAGGAAUCCGACUGUCUGAGACAUCCUGCACAGACACUGCAAGCAAAGACCCUCACCUCCAGUCCUCCUAUCCUGCCUUUGUAAUGUACACAUCCCUCAUUUAUAAAAACAUGACUACUCCAGUUUACACUACUCUGAAGGGGAAAGCCACCAUGCUGAGCAGCAGUCCGUUCUCAGACGAGUCGUCCAGCUCCGAGGAGUCCUCUAGCUCUGGAGAGGAGGACGGCUCCCUCUGCAGUUCCCACACCUCGUCCAGCUCCCGCAAGGACAGCAGCCCGGGCAGCCCGCGCUCUCUCAAGAGAGCUGUGUCCACAUCUUCUAUGACAUCAGAGAGCGACUAUGCUAUCCCUCCUGAUGCCUACUCCACCGACACAGAGUGCUCUGAACCGGAGCAAAAACUCCCCAAAACCUGUUCUUCAGCCGGCGACAACGGCAAGAGCGAACCAAUGGAGAAGUCCGGCUACCUGUUGAAAAUGGUGAAGACCUGGAAGAAAACGUGGAAGAGACGCUGGUUUGUCCUUAAAGACGGAGAGCUGCUCUACUACAACUCACCUAGUGACGUGAUCAGAAAACCUCAGGGUCAGAUCGAAGUCAAUGCCACCAGCAGCAUCGCCCGUGGAGAGGGAAAACAAGUCCUCCAGGUGGUGACAGGGAAGCGUGUGUACUACCUGAAGGCUGACUCCCCCAACCUGCUGGAGGAGUGGCUCAGGGUGCUGCAGAGCGUGCUCAGGGUGAAAGCUGCCAGUCCUCUCUUCACCCAGCCGGAUAUUCGCCCCGGCAUGAAGGGACUGCUCAUCAAGGUGAAGCACGGCUACUCUAAGCGGGUUUGGUGCGCCCUGAUUGGCAAAACCUUGUACUAUUUCCGCAGCCAAGAGGACAAGUUCCCCCUGGGUCAGAUUAAGCUGUGGGAGGCCCGGGUGGAGGAGGUAGACAGGUCAAGAGAUUCAGAUGAUGACCUAAAGGCAUGUGGGCGGGGCUUACAGGCAGCAUCUUUUACCAUCGCCAUCCACCCACAAGAGCAAGGGCCGACCUACUUACUCAUCGAGUCCCGCCACGAAAAGGACUCGUGGCUGUACCACCUGUCUGUGGCAGCGGGAACCACCGUGGGUAACGUCGGCACUGAGUUUGAACAGUUGGUGGGAAAACUCUUCCAACUGGACGGAGAUCCAAACUCUCAGAUCUGGAGACAUCCCAUGCUGUGUUUCAGUAAGGAAGCUCUGUUGUCUCCUCUCACCACCCUGCCUUCACAAGCUCUGCAGACAGAGGCCGUUAAACUCUUUAAGACUUGUCAGCUUUUCAUCAACGUAGCCAUUGACGCUCCGGCCAUUGACUACCAUGUCUCACUGGCCCAGAGUGCUUUGCAGGUGUGUCUGGCCCACCCAGAGCUCCAGAAUGAGUUCUUCUGCCAGCUCAUCAAACAGACCCGCAGGAGGCAGCCACACGGCCAUCCAGGGCCGCUACAGGGUUGGCAGUUCCUAGCCUUGUGUGUCGGUCUGUUUCUGCCUCAGCACCCGUUCCUCUGGCUGCUCCGGGUUCACCUCAAAAGACACGGAGACGCCAGGACUGAGGUGGGAAAGUAUGCCAUCUACUGCCAGCGCUCUAUGGAGCGGACCCAGCAGAAGGGCGAGAGGCAUGCCAGGCCGUCACGUAUGGAGAUACUGUCGAUCCUACUGAGGAAUCCCUAUCAUCACUCUCUGCCAUUCAGCGUUCCUGUUCACUUCCUCAAUAACACCUACCAGGUGGUGAGCUUUGAUGCUUCGACCACAGUGGACGAGUUCCAGUGUCGCCUCAACCAGGACACCGGCAUAAGGAAAACAGGGCUCUCUGGUUUUAGCUUGUACACUGAUGACCCUACUGGAAGAGAGCUGGAACACUGCCUGCAAGGAGGCAUCAAGAUUUGUGACAUUAUCUCCAAAUGGGAGCAAGCGUCUAAGGAGAAGCACACUGGCAAGUCUGAAAACACCAGGACUGUCCGCCUCACCUACAAGAACAGGCUGUACUUCUCCCUCCAGGUCAGGGGGGAGUCAGAGAGGGAGAGGCUGCUGCUGGCUUAUCAGACAAAUGAGGCCAUUGUAGCGGGACACUUCCCUGUUAACAAGGAGCUGGCUCUAGAAAUGGCUGCCCUGCUGGCCCAGGUGGAGUUUGGGGACUUUGAGCGCCCCUUCUCAGCUCCUGGAUCAGCCCAGACCAAGUCUAACCAAACCCUGAAACAGGUCCUGGACAGAUUUUACCCAAAACAUUACCGCAGGGCAACAUCUGAGGAGCAGCUCAGACAACUGCUGCAGCGCCUCUCUGCCCGCUGGGCCUCCCUCAGGGGUCGGAGCCCCCCCGAGUGUGUCAGGAUCUACCUGACCGUUGCCAGGAAGUGGCCGUUCUUUGGAGCCAAAUUAUUUGAAGCAGAGUCUAUCACUCCCUCUCCGGAGCAGGGGGAACGUGUUUGGCUGGCCGUGCACGAAAAUGGCAUCAGCGUUCUGGAAAACAACUCUGUUAAGCCGCUGGUGUCCCACCCGUACAAGAGCCUGAUGACGUUCGGGGGCUGCAAACAGGACUUCAUGCUGGUCGUGGGGCAGAGCGUCGGGGCCAACGCCAGCAAAGACAAACCUACAGAGAAACAUCUGUUUGCUAUGGACGCCUCCAAGAUUAGGGAGAUCACCCUCCUCCUCUCCAGUUACAUCAACAGCGCUCAUCAGCAGAAGGCCGCCGCCCACCACCUCUCUGCCCCGGCUCUGAUGGCGGCCCAGCCCAUCAGCCUGAAGAGCAGGGAUCUGAGGAGCAAAUCCCCACCAGCACUGGGACGCCCCAGCAAGACCCCCACGCUGCUGUGACCGCCUCCGAUCUCUCUGAGGAACGUUCACUUCCCAGAAAUGAAGGAUUUAUUUACAGUUGCACAAAGCCUGAAUCCCAUUGUCACACAGCUCUUCCUUCUCAUCAGUGUGCCAGAUUAAUUUCUUGUAAGGUUGCUUCGCUGCCUACUGGAAGUGACAAGCAUAGUCUUGUCUAAACCACGGUUGUUCCAUCCCCGUUGAGUUUGUCCUUUCAUUUUAAAGCAUUUGAACUCCUGAAAGGUGACCUGAGUGCAUUCCUCAGAGAACAUAUGGAACUGGUGCAGUGAGCUGGUGCAAAGGUGUCCUAAGAGGCUUCGCUUAACAAUCUGCCAUAUAUCAUAUAAGACAUAUUUGGUCUACCUGAUGAUUGUAAAGAUAAGUCGACACUAUUUAUUGACAGGGUCAAAUAAUCCAUCUGUGCCGUGUGGUGCAUUUUUCUUCUUCUUUUUUUUUAAAGGUGUUCUUUGAAGUAAACUUUUGUAUACAAAAGGUAAUGAGGCCUUGUUAAGAAGGGUAUAUUUGAAUCUUUUUUUUCUGUCCUCCUGUAGGGCACAAUAACUCUACCAGGGUUUAAAACCCUUCCAGCGGUGGAUAGCGUUGCAUAAUGAAGGAUACUAAAGCAUAGGGCAAGACUGCAGCUGAAGAAAAUGUUAAUGUAAGUGUAUAUGUGUGUGUGUGUGUGUAUUUGCAAUGCAACAGAUGUAAUUGGUAAGCCUGUAGAGUGGCAGUUGGUUGCGUCGGGGAAGGUUUCCAGUUUAUAAGAGGACACCAGUUUGGACCCUGUGUGCUCUUAGUUACUGAAUAGCCAGCAGAGUGGUGAAACUUUAAUCAUCUAUAAACACUUUGAGCCUUUCCGGUGGAGUGCACAAUUGAAAUCUGCGAGAUGCCCCCACUAAGGAUUUCACAUGACGUCAUUUAGAGAAGUAAUGCAGGGUUUAGGUUGAUUUUGAGGAAGAUGGUCAAGGCAUGUGAUAAGGGAACUGGUUGCUCGGGUUACAG